AUGACCUGUAUUGAGUUAAAGGGGAAUCCGAAAUACAGAUGUGAGUGUCCACAGGGAUACACCGGUGCCGCAUGUGAAACAGAUAUUGAUGAAUGCUCUUCUGGAAGCAACAAUUGUCACCAGGAAGCUACUUAUGUUAAUGAAUGCUCUUCUGGAAGCAUCAAUUGUCACCGGGACCACGCUUCUUGUGCAAACACCAUUGGCUCCUUCGCAUGCACAUGUAAACCUGGGUAUACAGGAGACGGAAUAAACUGCGCAGAUUGCGCUAUGGGUGCUAUGGGUAUGGAAUCGGGUGCUAUAAGUGACUCGGCAAUAACUGCAUCGAGCUACGUUGAUAACACCUUUACAACUCUGCUGCCUUCAUAUGGCUGCCUUAAUCACGAAAAGGCCUGGGUGUCAGGGCCUAAGAGCCCUGGAGAGUACCUCCAAAUCGACCUGGGGCGUGUGACAACAGUCACCAAGGUGGCCACUCAAGGAAACCCGAAUUGGCCUGAAGAGGGGACGAAGAGCUACAAGAUCAGGUACAGCACCGAUCUAUCCACCUGGAAACUUUACCGCGAGGGAGGACAAGAAAAGGUCUUUCCCGGAAACACAAACAGGAACACUGUUGUCUACGGAGUGUUGGCACAGCCCAUUGUUGCACGUGGUAUCCGGAUCAUCGCGGUUACUUUUAAAUGGAGGCCUGCUUUGAGGGUGGAGGUCUACGAAUGCAUGUGA